GUCGAAGUUGAAGUGAAAGUGAAAACACAUUUCAGGAUGCGCUUGUUUCAUGAACUAUUAAGAGACGAAAGAGACAUUUACAACGAAGAGGAGAUCAGACUCGCCAGAGUUCAGCUGUGUGUCCAUGAAGAGUGACACGUCUAUGGAUCCUAUAAGAGAUUUUAAAGGCGCAGACAUGAAACCUCUCUUCAGAUCAGAUGAUCAGAAGAGAUCAGAUCCAGAGUUCAGCUGUGUGUCUAUGAAGAGUGACUGGUCUAUGGAGCUGCCAAACAACUUUAAGAGUGGAGACACAAGACCUGAUGUCAGACGAGUCAUAACAGAGCCCGUCUGUAAGAGAGGGAAGAUUGAUCUGUUGAAGAAUCAACCACAAAACUUCAAUGAAAACAUGGUUUCUGGUUUCAGCAAUGACUCUGAACCUCCUGAAGUCUUGAGAACAUUUAAAUCAAACCUGAGGAAGAAGUUUGAGUGUUUGUGUGAAGGAACAUCAGAUGAGAGAAACCCAACACUGCUGAAUGAGAUCUACACAGAGCUCUACAUCACAGAGAGUGAAAGUGGAGAGAUCUGUAAUGAACAUGAGGUGAGACAGAUUGAGACACAAUCCAGGAGAACAGCAACAGAGGACACACCAAUCAAAUGCAAUGACAUCUUUAAAGCUUUACCUGCACAAGACAAACCCAUCAGAAGUGUGCUGACAAAGGGAGUCGCUGGCAUUGGAAAAACAGUCUCUGUGCAGAAGUUCAUUCUGGACUGGGCUGAAGGGAAAGAGAAUCAGGACGUCCACCUCAUAUUUCCACUUCCUUUCAGAGAGAUCAAUCUGAUGAAGAACCAAACACUCAGUCUUUUACAUCUUCUUCAUCUUUUCUUCCCAGAGACAAAAGAAAUGGAAAUCUCCAGCGGUGAAUAUAAAGUGUUGUUCAUCUUUGAUGGUUUGGAUGAGUGUCGUGUGUCUCUGGAUUUUCACAGCAGUGUGAGGUUGUGUGAUGUCAGUGAAUCAGCCUCAGUGGACGUGAUCCUGACAAACCUCAUGAAGGGGAAUCUGCUUCCCUCUGCUCUCAUCUGGAUCACCUCCAGACCAGCAGCAGCUGAUCUCAUCCCCUCUGAGUGUGUUGAUCGAGUCACAGAGGUACGAGGCUUCACUGACAAACAGAAGGAGGAAUACUUCAGCAAGAGAAUCAGUGAUGAGAGUCUGAACAACAGAAUCAUCUCACACCUGAAGUCAUCCAGGAGCCUCUACAUCAUGUGUCACAUCCCAGUGUUCUGCUGGAUUUCAGCCACUGUUCUAGAGAGAAUGUUGAGUGAAGCAGAGAGUGAAGGAGAGAUCCCCAAGACUCUCACUCAAAUGUACACACACUUCCUGAUCAUUCAGACAAACAUCAAACAUCAGAAGGACUAUGAGAAGAAAGUGAAGAAUUAUGAAGACAUGAUCUUCAAACUGGCCAAACUGGCUUUUGAGCAGCUUGUGAAAGGGAACCUGAUCUUCUAUGAUGAGGACCUGAGAGAGUGUGGCAUUGAUGUAGCAGAAGCAUCAGUGUACUCAGGAUUGUGCACUCAGAUCUUCAGAGAGGAGUUUGGCUUGUAUCAGGGGAAAGUUUACUGCUUUGUUCAUCUGAGCAUUCAGGAACAUCUCGCAGCUCUUUAUGCUCACUUCUCCAUCACAUUGAACAAGAGAAAUGUGUUUAAUAAAUCUAGAAGAUCAUAUCAAGUAAAGACGUCAAUAUCUGAGCUGCAUCAGAGAGCUGUAGACGAGUCUCUACAGAGUAAAAAUGGACAUCUGGAUCUUUUUCUUCGUUUUCUUCUGGGUUUGUCUCUGGAGUCUAAUCAGAAUCUUCUAGGAGGUUUGAUGACACAGACAGUAAGAAGCUCUCACAGCAAUGAGAAAACAGUCGAGUAUAUCAAGAAGAAGAUCAGCAGCACUCGCUCUCCAGAGAAAUCCAUCAAUCUGUUUCACUGUCUGAAUGAACUGGGUGAUGAUUCAUUAUUGGAGGAAAUCCAACAUCAUCUGAAAUCUGGAACAUUAAGUCAAACCAAACUGUCUUCAUCUCAGUGGUCAGCUGUAGCUUUUGUGUUGUUGACAUCAGAACACGAGCUGAAGGAGUUUAAACUGAGUGAUUUUGUUAGUGGAGGAAACAAAGAUGACAGAAAGAAGGUUAUUAAGUAUCUGCUGCCUGUGAUUCAUGAAUCCAGAUCAGUUCAGUUGUGCGAUUGUAAAAUGACAGAUGAAGAUUGUGUUUCUCAGAGUUCAGCCUUAAGAUCAAAGCCCUCACACCGGAGACAACUGGAUCUGUCUGGGAUAGAUCUAGGAGAUUCAGGCGUGAAGCUGAUCUCUACUGUACUGGAGAAUCCUCACUGUAAACUGAAGACACUGAAGUUGAACUGGUGUGAGAUCACAAUCUCAGAUGAAGGUUGUGUUGCUCUGACUUCAACUCAGACUCUAAGAGAUUCAGAAGUGAAGCAGAUCUGUGAUGUACUGGAGAAUCCUCACUGUAAACUGGAGACACUGAAGUUGAGAGAGUGUAAGAUCACAGAUGAAGGUUGUGUUGCUCUGACUUCAGCUCUGAGAUCAAACCCCUCACACCUGAGACAUCUGGAUCUGUCUGAUAAUAAUGUAGGAGAUUCAGGAGUGAAGCUGAUCUCUACUGUACUGGAGAAUCCUCACUGUAAACUGGAGACACUGGAGUUGUGUCAGUGUGAGAUCACAAGUGAAGGUUGUGUUGCUCUGGCUUCAGCUCUGAGAUCAAACCCCUCACACCUGAGACAUCUGGAUCUGUCUGAUAAUUAUAAACUAAGAGAUUCUGGAGUGAAGCUUCUCUUUGAGCUGAGAGAUGAUCCACAUUAUAAACUAGAGACAGUGUGGAUUUGGUGGUGGCAGUAAGGUGUGUGUUUAAAGGUGUGUGUGUGUGUGAUCUUCAGUAUCAUCUGAUGGACAAUAAGAAGACGACACUAUAAUGAGAUCACAGACACACAAUCAACACAGAAUGAAGACACAAUAACACCUCACACUGAUAACACUGUUGAAAACGUCUCGGUUACGUCUGUAACCUUCGUUCCCUGAUGGAGGGAACGAGACGUUGUGUUGAGAGACAGACUGGGGUUUGAUUCUGAGAACCUAUC